AUUAGAUAAUCUGAUUUGAGAAAGCAGUCUAUCAAUAGACGCCGAUUUUUUCUCUUGUACUCUUUAUCGAUUCAUCUUCCACGAUUAAGACACAACUCAAUAGAGACUAUUCACAUUUAACGAAGCACUUUUAUAUUUGUACAAAGUAUUGAGUAUAUAAUCUAUUGCACAGGGACUCUUAUCCCUAAUCUUUAUAUGCAUUAUUCAAAUACCUAGACUAUAUAUUAAUAUUUACAUUGCAAAGCUGUAAUGAGAAAAGUUCGGAGAUUUUAACUUAACUCAAUGUCGCAUCGUCCUGUCGUAACUUCUUCCCGCCCCGCUUUGCCCCACCGUAAAUUUUCCUUGUCCCGCCUCGUUUCGGCCUCUGAUACACGAGCUUCCAUUAUGACUAAAGACUAUGUUUAAAGUAAAAGGAAAAGUAGUAACGUUUGUUUUUUCCUAUUCAGAUAAAAUGAACGCUUAUCGUCAAAAAAAGAACUAUUUGUCAAUAAUUUAAAUGGCAUAAAUCUUUAUGAAACAAGUUCUGUAAUUAAUUAUAAGUGCAUGGGCAACAUAUUUUUUACGUCAAAUAUUAAAAUCAUUAAUGCUAUUAUCUAGUAUUCAAAGUUUCUCAAUAUUUAAUUUAUUUUAUAAAAACAAAUUUAUUAAUAAAAUCUAUUCAAACAAAUAAUAAAUCAUAUUCUCGUAUAAUUGAAUUGUUUCAUGGUCAGAUAUUAAUUGCAACAUGUAUAUGUAUUCUUUCAGUUGAUUUUUCAAUAUAUCCAAUGGUAUUCAUUGGAAUUCUUUUCAACAUCGCGUUUUAUGUAAUUAGUUGGAUAUUAUUAAUUAAAACUAAUAACACAUAUUUUCAAUUUGAUAAGUAUUUAAUACUAUCAAAUAAUUUACAACAAAAUUUUAUUGAUGCUAAUCGUGAAGGAAUAUUUUCAUUAGAUGAAUAUGUUUGUUUAUAUUUAAUUGAAAUUUCUAUCGGAAAAUUUAUAAUUAAUAAUGAAUAUAAACAAAAAUUUAAAUAA